UCUCAUUCCUGGCGCACGCUAGUACCCACCGCUUCUUCCAGCGAAAUAAAGCCGAGAGAGAGAGAGGGAGAGCGAGAGAGAGGGAGAGCGAGCUCCAUUCCCUUCCCCCCCAACCCCCUCUCCCCUUUGCAAAUUUUAGAGGACAGGAGUCCAAGACUUUGUCUACGAGAAUUAGGCUUUCUGGAUCGGAUCGGAGCUCGGAAUCGCCUCUUUCGGAUGAGAGUAAUGGAGCAGACUCGGUCGUGGUAGGGUUAUUUCUGCUUUCCUUUGGAUCGGAGGACGAAACCCUAGGUCCGGCGGCAUCAAUUUUGGUUCGCAGAUGUGGGGGGAGGGAGGGCGCUUCUACUGGGGGAGGAAGGACGGAAGGGAGGGGAUCGUCGUGGUGUUCGCGUGGCUGUCGAGCCAGGAGAGGCACCUCAAGCCCUUCGUCGAGCUCUAUUCGUCCCUUGGGUGGAGCUCGCUUAUCUGCCAUGCCGAUUUCCUCACCCUAUUCUUCCCUGAGAAGGCUUCUUUACUAGCUGAUGGUGUUCUUAAAGAGCUUGUUAAGGAAGUAAAGAUUAGACCGUUACCUAUUACAUUUGCAGCGUUUUCUGGCGGACCAAAAGGUUGCAUGUACAAGGUUCUUCAGUUGAUUGACGGAAAAAGUGAGGGACAACUUAGUCUGGAUGAAUAUCAGCUGGUAAGAGACUGUGUAUGUGGUCAAAUAUAUGAUUCUAGUCCUGUAGAUUUUACCAGUGAUUUGGGCACUCGGUUUGUUCUUCAUCCAUCCGUCCUCAAGAGGUCCCACCCGCCUAGAGUUGUAUCAUGGAUGGCCAAAGCCCUUGCAUCUGGUCUAGAUACUCUCUUCAUAAACAGAUUUGAAGCACAGCGUGCUGAGUAUUGGCAGACCCUGUACUCUUCAGCUAACAUGGGCCCAUUUCUCAUACUCUGUUCAGAAGAUGAUGAAUUGGCACCCUACCCAGUUGUGUGUACUUUUGCUCAACGCCUACAAGAACUUGGAGGUGAUGUUAAACUGAUAAAAUGGAAUGGCUCCCCUCACGUAGGUCAUUACAAACAUCAUCCAGUUGAAUACAAGGCUGCUGUGAGUGAACUGCUGUGCAGGGCUGCUCUAGUCCAUUCCGAGAGAAGGCAACAAUCGAAUGGGGUAACAGCACACGCGGGAGGUUCUUCCAACAAAAUAUCCGAGUCUGUUUGCAGUCUCCAUAAGGCUGCGGUAACCUCAAAUGAGAGUCUAAGAAGAGUCGCGACUGAUCCAACAGAUCAUUUCUUCUUACCAAGCUCCAUGGAGUAUGAAGCUAGAGAAGAUGAGAAAAAAGAUGAAUCUUUCCACAUGCAGAAUGUACCGAGCAUCAAUGCUCAUGGUGUUCUGGGCCAGAUCCUUUUUGAUGUGUGUGUUCCUAAGAAUGUAGAAGGGUGGGAUAUAAAGCCUGUCACGUCCUUGAAUGGAAGGCAGUCGUUUGCUUCUGCUCGUCGGCAUGGUCUGUUUAAUCCAAUCAAAUGCAUAAGGCGCUCCAGAUUGUAGAACGCGGCUCUUGAUUUUAAUGAUACAAGGUUGCUGAGUGGGGCUUUGAUGGCUGUGAAUAUGUUCUGAAGCCUGGAAUAACGGAUAAGCGAAAAUAAUAAUUGUACUUUAUUUAUGCUUUUUUAAAAAAAAUUAAAAUAUGUACAGAGUAAUCUGCAGCCUUAGUAGUUUUUGUUGUGAGAAAUCGUUACCUCAUAGCCUGUGAUAGAAAAUACGGGACGUCCUCGUAAUGCAUGCAUGCCGGUCUGGUAGAAAGGAAGUGAGAGCAACUGUUCAUCUGGUUUAUCUGUACUGCUGUAUAAAAGGAGCUGCACGUCGCGUCAUGGCUCUCCAACUCUUCUGUGGGAGACUCAUUUUGUAAUCUGACUUUAUCUUCCGUUCUUAAUCUAACUUUAUCUUUUGUUCUUCA